CAAUGCCCAGAGCUCACGACCAUUUUCACGGUCGGCAUUACCACGCUGAGCGCACAACUGGCCCUGUCAAGGCGCUCAAUCCGACGAAGAGAUAUCUAGUCGCCGACAAGAAGACACCCAAUGCCGAGUCUGACACUGGAAAAGAAUCGCGUCCGAGUGCUGAGAGCCCCGGGGUCGCGUAUGUCUGGAGGAGUCGCGAUAACAGAAAAGGACGACAUGCGUUAGCUAUCAGUGUUGAUCCUCACAAGCAUGAAGCAACGAAGGGACCAAGGCCAUCGAAUUCGUAUCACCAGACUCUCCGCGGCAUCUUGAAGAUGUUUGUCAGAUACCCUGUCUGGGAUGUAUCGUACGAUGUCGCAGUCGUCUUCACAAUAGGGUCGAUUAUCUGGGUAAUCAAUGGCUUCUACUCAUUCCUCCCCGUUCUCAACCCUUCAACCAAGGUAUCUGACUGGGCCGGUGGAUUGACAGCUUUCAUCGGCGCUACGGUCUUUGAGUUUGGCUCAUUUCUACUCAUGCUUGAAGCCGUCAAUGAGAAUCGAUCGAGUUGCUUCGGUUGGGCCGUUGAAGAGAGUGUAGAUGGGAUACUUCAUCUCACUCACGCGCAUAACUGCAAGCAUGCACAUGCGCAAAAGGGGACCUUUGUAAAGCAAAGCUCUAGAUCCUUGGGUAAUAAUGCAGCGGAUUCACCGGGGAAAAACCGCAUGUGGUCUUGGUGGCCGACGUGGUAUGAACUCCGAACGCAUUAUUUCUUCGACAUCGGCUUCUUGGCCUGUUCUUCCCAAACAUUCGGCGCCACGGUAUUCUGGAUAUCAGGCUUCACAGCCUUGCCGCCUAUACUCAACAACCUCUCUACGCCAGCUGAAAACGGCGUCUACUGGCUCCCUCAAGUAAUUGGAGGAACAGGCUUCAUCGUCUCAAGUAUCCUGUUCAUGGUCGAAGUUCAGCCGCGAUGGUACAUUCCAGCGCCGGGGGUACUAGGAUGGCAUAUCGGACUAUGGAACUUGAUUGGUGCUAUUGGCUUUACUCUUUGUGGUGCGCUGGGCUUCGGCAUUACGCAUCCGGGUGUUGAGUACGCACUCACGCUCUCGACAUUCAUAGGUUCAUGGGCAUUCCUUAUCGGCAGUGUGAUACAAUGGUAUGAGAGCCUGAAUAAAUAUCCUAUCUGGGUGGAUCACAAGAUCGAGAGGCUUGGACAACGAGAGAGCUAAAUAGAAAAUCCUUUCCCUACCUAGUUACAAGUCUUGUUGGCAGUAACAGAUAUCUUCCUAGAGUGGCUACAGCUGUCAUUUUGUAUUCGACUAGUCUUUGCUAAAGUCAAAUAGCUGAAUGCCGACCACCACAUAAUCUUUAAUGAAAACACCCCGAUCCAUCGCAUCAACAAAUACCUUGAGCCCCGCCACUCGAUUCUCCUCCAGCGCCUGAAGGGGCAAUUUAACAGGCUUUGUGAGGCGCCGCGCGUUUUCACGAGGAUCAGCUAUGGGCUC